AUGAAGGACCUGUUGGGAGUUUCACACUUUGAGCGUCUUCUCUUUCUUUCUUCCUCUCUCACACAUGCAUACACACACUCUCUCUCUCACAUACACACUCCCCACUUCCUCGACCACCUUCCACACAGCAAUGCAUGCAAUCGUGACCGGACCUUGGUAAGUACGUACCCGUACGCCAUGACGACGGCGCCGUCCUCCUGCGCCUGGAACAGCGUGUUAUACCCGACCGUGGCAUUGUACCCGCUGCCGUACCGCAGCACGGCGAACUUUUGCUCAAUGUUCUUGUUGACGGGGAAGAUGACGGAGAGCGGGGGCAUGAGGAUGGCGCUGACAAAGGACUUGACGAGGUCGGUGAAUAUAUUGGCGAGGCUUUACAUUCGAGUCGCGCGCGUGGCAUGUGGUCAGCAUUCGCCCGUCUCGUGCUCGCUCGAGGCUUGCCCAGACAUGGGAAGAGGGGGACAAAGACUCAUGCCAGUUCGGAGUGCUGCCGCCCGGGGAGGGGCUGGGUCAAGAAACGCACAUCAAGCCAAAGGCAAUUUGCAGGAUGUUGCCCUGAAAGGCAAAGUCGACGAAGCCAUCGAAGAAGCGCUUCACGCGGCGCUGGCCGCGGCCGAGCAGCGACUCGGUCUCGCUGGACGAGCUGUUGCUGUUUUCGAGGUCGGCGGGCAUCUCGUCGUUGUCGUCGUCGUCUUCGGCGGCGGCGGCGGGGGAGCAGAACGCUGCGAGACGCUGGACGCUCAAUCUAAAGGAAACGCUGAGGCAUGA